CUGGCUGGCUAGGCCUGAGGAGUGAAGCAUCUUCCUUGGUGGCGGGUGUGUGUAAGAAGGAGGAGGCUGAAGGCUGUUUCGGCGUCGUGGGGUAAUGCACAAAGGACCCUUAUCAUUGGACUGCGUCGGGAGGAAGUGAGCGCUCUAAGGAAGGGCAAGAAAGAGUAUAAAGGGAGGUGGGGGAGUCAGAAGAACUUUUAAUAAAAGGGAAAGUGCGUCUUUGCUGGACGGUGUAGGAAAGGAGGAGAAACCAGCAGCAGAAAAAAAAUCACCUGAAAGGGUAACCUCGAGCAUCCUUCGUUCUUGGACACUUCAACCAAGCUUCCAGCCCAGCCCAUCCAGAACCAGGUGAGCGGCCGCACCUCCCUGGUGUCUGCAGGACCUGCUCCUCCAUGAACUUGCCAAGUACUGAGCCCCUUCGCUCCACACCCCCACGCAGCCUCCGGAGCUCGGAUGGGGAAGACGGUGAGAUCGAUAUACUGGGAGAGGAGGAAGAUGAAGACGAGGAGGAGGAAGAGGAGAACGACGAGCCUGAGAGGAGCCAGCGGCUCUUAGAGCAGUUGCACCAGCCAGAGCCGCAGGGGGCGCGGCGGGGCGCGGGCGCACUUCCCCGAGACCGCCCUGAGAGCGGCUGCUGCCCGAGCGACUCCUCCGAAUUCAGGACAUCAACCGGGUCUGCAGCGGCUUCUGCGGAUGGUACGCAGCCGACGAAGCCCCCCUACUCAUACAUUGCACUCAUCACCAUGGCCAUUCUACAGAGCCCGCACAAGCGCCUCACGCUCAGCGGCAUCUGCGCCUUCAUCAGCGGUCGUUUUCCCUACUACCGCCGCAAGUUCCCCGCCUGGCAGAACAGCAUCCGCCACAACCUCUCGCUCAACGACUGCUUCGUCAAGAUUCCCCGCGAGCCAGGACACCCGGGAAAGGGCAACUACUGGAGCCUGGACCCCGCCUCCCAAGACAUGUUCGACAAUGGCAGCUUCCUUCGGCGCAGGAAGCGCUUCAAGCGCCACCACCAGCCCCCGGUGGCCCACCUGCACCACCCCUUCCCCCUGCCGGCUGCAUCCGCCGCCCUGCACGGCCCCUACACAGGCAUGCUGCUUGGGCCUCCGACCCCUUCGCAGCCGGUCCUCGGGGCCUAUUCUGCUCCCACUUCCGCGAGCCGCCCUUGCGCACUGCUGCAUCCUCACCCCCUCCGCUACCUGCUUCUCUCUGCCCCAGCCUACGCUGAGUCGCCCAGGAAAGCUGAAGGCGAGGAUCUGAUGACCCCUGGCACCCUUUCGGCGCUUCAACCCACGCUGGAUUCCCAACCUUGGGAAGAGGGCAAGGGACCGGCGUCCCAGUCAGGAGGCAGAUGCACCUCCUUUAGCAUCGAGAGUAUCAUGCAAGGAGUCCGGGGAGCUAGUUCUGGCGCUGUGCAGAAUCUGCCCCCGCCCCCGUGGGGCUACUACCACCUGCUGCAGCGCCCGUCGUGCCUGUUGCAUCCCCAAGCUGCUGCCCCUUUGCUCCACGUGUCCGCCGCCGCCGCAUCCGCUGCCCGGACGAUUUUGCAGCAGCAGCAACAGCAGCAGGACUGUGCCAGCGGCUGCGCUCCCAGCAAGGGCGCUCUGCUGGGCCGGCACCUGUCCGCCACCGCGGCGUUACUGGCUUGUCAGCCGGGAGCAGAGGGCCCUAGGUUUAGGUCGCUGGUCGCCCUUUCCGGCAGAGAGGGGACCUCGUCUGCCUUUUGAGUAGCAUCCACAGCUUGCCAGGUGCCAGCUCCUCGGGAAGGACCGGGAACCAAGCCGGAGGGCGGAGCCACCCAAGGUUAUGCUCUCCUCCCAGUCUGCUCUGGCACACUCCACCUUGCAUAGCCUGGACCUGGUGCGUGCAUCUUUAUUCCGAAGAGGAGAAACCACUAAAUUCUGUUCACAACGAAAUUUCUAGAAAGGAAAAUUUGGUUACUGUUCCCUUAAGACAACAUGAAGGUAAACGUCCGACAGCGUCAUCAAGGCUCACCUUUUAAAGAAAACUUCCAGUUGUGACUUCCAAGCCUUUUCCGAUUUGCACAUUUCCAGAGGAACUAUGAACGUGAGUGGGACAUUUUGUUCUAGCAUUAAAAGAAAAACAAUGAAAAUAAAUUGUCCAGUGCACAACAUGUGCCCCCACCCCUGUCUUCGCUGCAAGUAUUAUUCCCAAGUCCAGUGCAGAAUGCGUGUGCCCUUUAUGUCUUCCUGAAAUCGAUGUGUAAUAUAAGUAGAAUUUUAAUUUCAGAGGUUUUAUUCCUGAUUUGUGUGUCUGAUGUGCACAGAGGUGUUAAAAUUAAACCUAAUUAUAUAGACUAAAUAAAGUGCUAAAUCAUUACACGAUAUUGCUUAUUUGAUAUUCUCAUUAUUCGCUUUCUAAAUGAAACAUUUUAAAACGUAGUUCUUUCCUCCCAAUUAAACAAUUUUUGUUUUACAAUUCAUAUUCAUUAUAGACAUAGGAAACAAUCCAUUUUCAAAAUGGUUUUUAAAACUUUAGAAAAUUUGAAGUUGAAAAAAUUCUGCCUUUUAAAUUUUGGGAUUUAGUAUUUAUGAAACCUAUAGAUUAAAAAUAAUUGGAGAAAAAUCCAUGUUCUCCAUAUUCUCCAUUUAUUUUUCAUCUUUCUAAAGCAUUGAUUGUUGUCUUGAAUAAAUGGAAGGACGAUCUGAAAUGUAGUGGCCAAAAUUUAUGGAGGAAAAUAAAAGGCAAUUAAAAAAUUAGAAAUCUCAAAACUAGGGCUCAGAAAAAAGGGAAAUAUUAAAUGAAGC